UGGACACAAAACCCUUAUAGGGUUUGCUUCCGUCGUGAUUGCUUAAGUUGGAGACUUGGAGCUAUUUUCCCUUGUUUGGCACUUCAAUAUGGCAUGGUUGCAAAGCAGCAUUAACAGAGGCUUGAUUUCUGUGUCAACCCAAACACCAUUUUCAACUUGUUUCUCCAGAUUCUUCUCCAAAUCAUCACCAUAUGUGGUGAAGGUUGGAAUACCAGAGUUUCUUAAUGGAAUAGGCAAAGGGGUUGAAUCCCAUGUUGCUAAACUUGAGUCUGAAAUUGGUGAUUUUCAGAAUCUUCUUGUCACUCGUACCCUGAAGCUCAAGAAGCUUGGUAUUCCUUGCAAACAUAGAAAGUUGAUACUGAAGCACACUCACAAGUAUAGGCUAGGAUUGUGGAGGCCACGUGUUGAAUCCAUCACAUCCUGAGUAGGUUUCUGAAAGGUCUAUUGUUGUGAGAUCCAGCACUAGAUGUUUAACUGCUUCAAUAUUUUUGAAUGAAAGUAUCAAAUUAUUGUCUCCAAAUGUAGCCUUUCUUUUUUAAUCUCAUAUAACUCAAACUAAGCUCAGGUCAUUUAAAGAGAGCUAACUCAUCUUUAUGGGCAACAUUCCUUUUCCUUAUGCGAGGCCUUGGUGUUUUACUUGUCCUACACUAACUGCAAUAAAGUUGUACUACUUGAGUAUGUUUGGAUUAGAUUAUUUUGGAUGAUUAUUUGUAAAAUGCUUAAAAAGACCCAAUUCAAUCUUGUUUGGUAAUUUU